ACCGCACGUGUACAUCUACGGCAGUAAGUUUUUUUGAAAGUAGUAAAAUAACAAAUAUAGCCUCUCUCCUGCUUUCCUUAUCUUUCUCCUUUCUUUUAUUCAUAUAUUUUCUUUGUCUUGUUGAAUAAAUAAUAUCGAAAGUAUAACGCAAUGGCUCUUGCAGCCGAGCAACUCCCACUAUCUUAUUUCACAUACAAGCCGACAGACCCUUUAGAGAAUUAUUCCGACCGAAAUGCACAGGUUCCAUUGACUUCUGCUUCUAAUGAAAAACCUCGGUCGACUAUAUCAGCCAGCCAUACCAUAUCCACUACUUCCAUUAAUCAAGAAUACCCUGUUACCAGAAGUAAUAUCCCUUCCAUAAAUACCUUCGACCAUAACAUAACAUCAUCUAUUCCUACUAGUACCAACCUUCAGCGUGAUUACCAUAAUACUAAGAAUGGCAGCCAGGAAACUUUACCACUGUCAUUUAGCAAUCAAAGCAGCAGUAGUAUUAUGACCGAAUCGAGUUUAGCCGAGCUUGAAACCCCACCUCCAUUUACGACGUCUUAUACAGCACCUGCAGGUCCUUCCAAGGGCCACUCUACCAGCUUUCAUUUAGCUACUGCAUCUUCUUUCAGAAACCGAAGAAAUCCAUCAGCAACAAUAGCAACGGCAGCAGCAUCUCCUACAGCAGCAUCAUUCUCAUCUACCUCGUCAUCCACCUCUCACCAACAGCAUCGUAAAAACAAUAGACAUACUUUUAUUCGAAACCAUACAGCCAUAGGUUUACCUCAACGUAUGGAAGAAGGCAUGCCUGAAAUUCGAGAAGAUUUUGCGAAAGAAUUAUCGGCUCGACAAAAGGCUUUUAAACGUUUAUCUCGUCGUAAGCCGUUACUUGAAGACGAUGACGAUGAUCGUGUCCUCAUGGGUACUCGUAUAUCUGAAGGUCAUCAAAAUUAUAUUCUUAUGUAUAACAUGCUUACCGGUAUUCGUAUUGCGGUCGGAAGAGUAUCAGCAAAGCCAGAUCGUCCUUUGGUUGAUACAGAUUUUGCAGCUGCUCAUAAACUUGCAUUUGAUGUUACGGGUGAUGAAUUAACACCAGGUGCCAAGUACGAUUUUAAAUUCAAAGAUUAUGCACCUUGGGUUUUUCGUGCUUUACGUGAAAGAUUUGGUAUUGAUCCAGCCGAUUACUUGAUUUCACUGACGAGUAAAUAUAUCCUAUCAGAAUUGGCAUCAGCUGGGAAAAGCGGUAGUUUCUUUUAUUAUUCUCGAGAUUUUAGAUUCAUCAUCAAAACGAUUCACCAUACCGAGCAUAAGUUUAUGAGGGAUAUUCUUAGAGAUUAUUAUGAUCACGUAUACUCGAAUCCAGAUACUCUUCUCUGUCGAUAUUAUGGUCUUCAUCGAGUCAAACUUCCUCAUGGACGCAAAAUCCACUUCGUUGUCAUGGGGAAUGUAUUGCCCCCCAAUAAUGAUAUUCAUGAAACAUAUGAUUUGAAGGGAUCGACCAUUGGCAGAUUUUUACUAGAAGAAGAAAUCCAAAAAAAUCCUUAUGCUGUAAUGAAAGACCUCAACUGGGAGAAACGCGGCAUGAAAUUGAAAUUAGGUCCACAAAAACGCAAGUUGUUUAUCACACAACUAUUACGGGACGUUAAACUCCUGGUUAGAAUGAACAUUAUGGAUUACAGUCUGAUGAUCGGUAUACAUGAUAUCAUUCGUGGUAAUAAAGACAAUGUUCGAAACUCAACCUUACAAACAUUUCAACCUGAUACAAGACUAGCAGAGCGCCGUGCGUCCAUGAUGAAACGUCGAGAGAGUAGAGCUAUGGUGUAUCGUAAAGUAAUAAUGGAAGCAAACCCUGAUCGACUUAAUGCAUCAGAAUUACCAGACACUCCCUUUGACGAGCGCCGUAACUGUGUAUUUUAUUCCGACGACGGUGGUUUUCAAGCUACAGAUGAGAGAAAUAAGCCUUUUCCUACUCUGUAUUAUAUGGGUAUCAUUGAUAUAUUAACUCCCUACGAUUUAAAGAAAAAGUCAGAACACUUUUUUAAAUCUAUUACACAGGACAAAAAUGCCAUAUCUGCAGUAAAACCAUCAGUUUAUGGAAAUCGUUUUAUGGGCUUUAUAGCCCAAAAAGCUAUAGAACAUAACGAAGAUAUACCACAUGAAUAUCAAAUCGAUACUCCAUCAGCAAAGCGAUAAUAAAUUAUCAUUUACGUUUAUAAACUGAAAAUUGCGUUUGAUAGCUUUAGCUUGUGAUGUGGGAUACUAGCUUAUAAAGAGAAAGACAGGGUUAAGUCUUAUUUCAACCUCA